CGACGCAAGACAAAAUAAACAUAAAAGAAACAUGUCUGCCGAGCAACCCCCUAUUUCACCUCUGAACCAAAAUGCUCAAGAGGCAGUCAAUAAUGUACCCAGAAUUGUUCUUCGAGCUCCUAGCGUCCAUGCUGGAUCUCACCAAGCCGCCUCGCUCCCUGCUCCACCCAUGGACUGGCUCUGCGGUACAUGGACCGUGACGCAUUCAACUUUGCCAAUGUGGAAGUCCAAGCGCAAUGUCAGGAUAACAUAUACUGCCGUGCCUGCCGCCGCGCAUUCCUCCAAUACCCAAGCUACGGAUCGACUAGACGAUCUGGUCAGUUACCAAUCGCUUUCUUCGACCAAAGUGAAGACCAUCCACGGCAUUGACAAGGCCAGCGGAGGAGCGCCAGCAGAAGGCAACGCUGCGUCGUGGGCCUGGGAUUGGCGCGGAAAGGGCCCCUUGGCAAUCGCAUCUAGCCAUUGGGAGAUACUUGGAUGGAGUGGAGCAGAAACAGAUGACCCAAGAAAACAGUGGGCCGUGACGUAUUUUGCAAAAACGCUGUUUACGCCUGCGGGAAUUGACAUUUAUUGCCGGUCAAGCGAAGGCGUAAGCCCAGAGACAUUAGUAGAAUUAAAGGACGCUCUAGAUCGCAUCGAUGAUUCAGAGAUAAAACAACUGGCAUCGAGCAUGUUUGAAGUAACGCGAGAUGGUGCAAGGGAUGAGUGA